AUGCUUUCAGGCGAAUGCGACGCUCUAGUAUUCGAGAAGCCUCAGGGCGGAAACUACACAUGCGAACCUGCAGACAAGGAAAAAGGCAUCGAACUCACGCUCAAGGCAGAGGCUCCUGGUAUUUCGUUCAGUUGUGGGAGCACACCUGAAACGAAGCUUCAACCGUCGCAGCCAGCAAACCACUUCUACAAAAACGAACAAUGUCAACAGCCAACACCUCUCGAAGACGUCUGUGUUGGUACCACCAUCGAUGAAGCAAAAUCUAGCAGCAGCCCUAAGGAAUACACUCUUACUGUGGGAAAGGGAAAACGGAAGGGAGAGACCCUGUACUACAGCUGCGAACCACCUCAAGCUGCCUCUGCGCAGCCACAGCCUGCCGUCGAAGUAUCUCAAGCUGGCAAAGACGGGGACGCUAAGAACAAAGUUCGCUGCGUUGUUAAGAUUAUCGUCGAACCGACAGAGGAAGAACAGAGCGAGAACCAACAGACAGAGCCCCCUCAAGGAGGCAAUGGUGGAUCGGGUCAAGUCACAGAAUGCAACGCAGGAACUUUGACCGCGAGCGCCUCCUCAGAAUCGCCGCUCGCCUUCAACUGCGAGGCCGGAAUGUCGCUGCUGCCCGUGGUGCAUGAGAAUGUUUUGGACGGCAAAGAUGGAAACUGUACUGAAGAGGUUGCCCUCGCGAGCCUCGUGGAUGGAGAGUUGCAGACGGCAAGGGACACAAAGAAAGAAAUCGAUGUGUAUACUCUCAAGAUUAACAAGGAUCCUGAGCACAACAAAACCAUGUGCUACAAGUGUGUUAUGUCGGACAAGGCUUCAUCUCUGCCAAGCACGAGGUCAGGAGUACUUGAAAAAAAACAGUGCCUGCUCAAGGUUUCGGUUAAAGGAACAUCUGGAGCAGCGUCUUCAGCGAACUCGCUGCUUAUGCGUUGUGGUGUCUUAAUGGGAAGUCUGGCUGGCGCUUCUCUCUACUUCAUUUUCUGA